AGAGCACUGGAGGGAGCUAACUGGUGGCCUUCUUUUCACCUCCUUCCUAGCUUAUUUUCCCCCCACAGCUGAGGUGUGUCAGUGCUGUACUGAGGCUGAUGAAGAGACUUGAACAGUUCUGAGAAGCUAAUCUGUGACAGAAGCAGUUGGCAGUGUCAGCAGAGACAGCGUGAGCCACCAAAGUGCAGAGGUUAGCAGAUGUGGGGCAGGCCAUCACUGGACUGCCAUCGACCCAGCUGCAGGGUUUCCUAAUCCCAAACCAUGAAUGAGUCCAGGUUAAUUGAACCAAAGACUCACAACACGAGCUUUGGGAACAUCUCGGAGCAUCACUCCUGCCCACUUGGAUUUGGCCACUACAAUGUAGAGGACGUCUGCAUCCUGGAGACAGUUGUUAUCGUCCUGCUGACGUUUUUAAUCAUCGCCGGGAACUUAACCGUUAUUUUUGUCUUUCACUGUGCUCCCCUUCUGCAUCAUUAUACUACCAGCUAUUUCAUCCAGACGAUGGCCUAUGCUGAUCUCUUCGUAGGAGUGAGCUGCUUGGUUCCUACUCUCUCCUUGCUUCAUUAUUCCACAGGUGUCCACGAGUCACUGACUUGCCAGGUUUUUGGAUACAUCAUCUCAGUGCUGAAGAGUGUUUCCAUGGCGUGUCUGGCUUGCAUCAGUGUGGAUCGCUACCUUGCCAUCACCAAACCCCUCUCCUACAACCAGCUGGUCACUCCUUGUCGCUUGAGAAUCUGCAUUAUUCUGAUCUGGAUCUACUCUUGCCUGAUUUUCUUGCCUUCUUUUUUUGGCUGGGGGAAACCUGGUUACCACGGUGACAUUUUUGAAUGGUGUGCUACCUCUUGGCUCACCAAUGCCUAUUUUACUGGCUUUAUUGUUUGUUUACUUUAUGCCCCUGCUGCCUUUGUCAUCUGCUUCACUUAUUUCCACAUUUUCAAAAUCUGUCGGCAGCACACCAAAGAGAUCAGCGACCGAAGGGCCCGAUUUCCUAGCCACGAAGUUGAUGCUGCCGGAGAGACUGGACACAGCCCUGACAAACGCUAUGCCAUGGUUUUGUUUCGGAUAACCAGCGUGUUCUACAUGCUGUGGCUCCCUUACAUCAUAUACUUUCUUCUGGAGAGCUCCCGAGUCCUGGAUAAUCCCGCUCUCUCCUUCCUAACAACCUGGCUUGCUAUAAGCAAUAGUUUCUGUAACUGUGUAAUAUAUAGCCUCUCCAAUAGUGUUUUUAGGUUGGGCCUCCGAAGAUUAUCACAGACAAUAUGUUCCUCUUGUAUGUGUUUAAAAGACCGGGACAUCCAGGACCCCAAGCCCAGAAAACGGGCUAAUUCCUGCUCCAUCUAAGGAAAACUGCACAGCUGAUCAAGUACAGUCUGAGAGUGGUUUGGAAUAGGAUUUGGUACAUCUGGGAAUUUUCCAUGACAGAAAUAUUUACUUGAAUAGUUCAUUAUGAAAUGACAUGUAAACUAAGGUGAUUUUUUUUAAAUGGAAAAGAAAACUAUGGAAAAGGAACCUAGAAAGGGAACACACAUGAGACAUUAUUUAUCAUGUGAAUA